GUCAAACACAGUCCAAAUUUACAUAAUACAAUAACUACGUUUCAGAUUGUUAUCAAAUGCAAAUGCAAAUGAAUUCUCACUAACCAUAUUGUGCUUCCGAGUGAAACUCCAAAAAAUAAAACAAGACACACAUAAAUUUUAAAAGGUUUGAGAUCUAGUUGAGUUAAAGGAAAGGGCCAAAGCAAUUCGUAAGGGAUGAAAUCAAAUCUUUCAAUAUCAAAACUUAAAAACAAUAUAAUAAUCACCCUCUUCCAGUAAAUAAAAUAUUAUCACGUGCCAGGUCACAUGAUCACUCUGAAACUUUCUAACAACUUAUCUGGAAAUCAGAGUUCCAACACCGAACAGUCAAAGAAACAUCACAUGAUCUCACUAAGCAUUGGAUCCUUCAACUGUUCCAACACAUUCAAACAUCAUAUAUAUAUAUAUGAGAUCUCAUCACCUCAGCUUCAAAGCUACCAAAUCACCAUAAACAUAGAAAAAACACCAUUUAACUCAGCUUACAGCAGCAAGACUAUGAAGAGCUAUUCAAGAAUACUAGCUGCUUUUGUUCUAGCACUUCUGUUGAUUCUUACUUCAGAGUCCAAUGCCGCACAUGCAGCUCGGUUCCUCUCCAAUAAACAGCAUCCGUCCCAAAAAACUUCAACAUCACAAACACUCAAGGGUCUGCAUACAAAACAGAAGAAACCAUUCAAGAAAGUUGAUUCAAGCUUUAGGAGAAUACCUCCAAGCAGAUGGAAUCCUAUACAAAACAAGUACAAGCCUCCAUAGGAUGACUAAAAGAAGCAUCCCCUCAGCAAAAAACGGCACCUUUAAAGCAAUUCGUUCAUUCAAUAUCAAUGCAGUCUCGUAGUACAAAGUUAGUUUCCACUAUCCAGCUAGGAUAGUCACUUGCAACACAAAUACAGGAUCCAAUUUUGUUCCUUGGUAGCUAUGUAAUAUGUUGUUAGAUGUAUUUCCAAAAGUUAUAUAAAUGUGAAUACUAUUAAGUUCUUCA